AAAAAGAUUCUGUGGAUGGUUUAUAAUUUUCAGGCAUGGAUUUAUUCUUAUUUAUGGAUUUAAUCCAAACUACAGACUUAUUUUUUCUUGGGGAUUACAAAAUAAUUUUUAAUACAUGGUGUUUUUGUUGAAGGAUUUACGUUAUGGACAACCAAAACUGCUCAAAGCCUUGGAAAUGGCAAGUAAUCUUUUGUCUAUUCCUUUAUAGCUGGGGCUGGGUCUCUGGGCAGCUUCGUUAUUCUAUUGUUGAAGAGUCAGAACCAGGGACAUUAAUAGGCAAUGUAGCUAAGGAACUUAAAAUGAAUGCUGCAGAGAUUUCCAAACGCAGAAUAAAGUUGGGUUCAGAGGAAGUCAGGAAAUAUUUUGCUUUGAAUCAUGAAAAUGGAGAUUUGAUUGUUAAUGAAAAAAUUGAUAGAGAAAGCUUGUGUGGAUCUAUUUCAGCCUGUUUAUUAUCUCUAGAGAUAGUAAUGGAACAACCACUGGAGCUUUUUAGUUUGGAAAUUGAAAUUAUUGAUAUAAAUGACAAUUCACCAAGAUUCUCAAAAGGUAAUCACAUAAUCAGGAUAUCAGAAGCAUUAGCAAAUCCAGGUACACAUUUCCCUUUAGAGAGUGCACAAGAUCUGGAUAUUGGGUCUAAUGGUGUUUCUCAAUACAAACUGGAAGCAAAUUCAUAUUUUACAUUAUCAGUAAAGACUCGAAAAGAUGGAACACUGAUUCCUGAGUUAUUUAUCGAAAAGGCUUUAGAUCGAGAAGAAAAAAGAGAUCAUAGACUUAUAAUCACUGCUCUUGAUGGAGGUAAGCCUGUUAGAUCAGGGACAUCACAAAUUACGGUAAUUGUUUUAGAUAGUAAUGACAAUGCUCCUGUUUUUGAUCAUUUAACAUACAAAGUCAGCUUGAUGGAAAACACACCACCAACGACAGUUGUUUUGAGACUUAAUGCUACAGAUGUAGAUGAAGGGCUUAAUGGGGAAGUUGAAUAUUUUUUUGACUAUCAUACACUGGAUUCUAUAAAACAAUUAUUUUCCAUAAACCAACAAACAGGAGAAAUUUCUGUUAAAGGCAUUAUAGAUUAUGAGGAAACCCAAUUUUAUGAAACAUCUAUUAUAGCAAAAGACAAGGGUGCUCCAGAAAUGCAGUCUCGUUGUAUAUUAUUGAUAGACAUAGAAGAUAUUAACGAUAAUGCUCCAGAAAUUACACUAACCUCCAUGCUAAGUGCAAUACCAGAAAAUGCUGCAAUGGGAACAGCAAUUGGAUUCCUUAGUUUAAAAGAUAAAGAUGCUGGAAGAAAUGGUGAAGUACAUCUGGAAUUAUCACCUAAUAUUCCAUUUAAAGUAAAGGCUUUUAAUAAUCGUUAUUCAAUAGUGACAGAUGGCCUUCUUGACAGAGAAAAAAAUUCUCAAUUUACCUUAAAUUUGGUUGCCACAGAUUUGGGGUCUCCACCUUUGAGCACACAAACCUCCAUUAUUUUAAAUAUUUCUGACAUCAAUGACAAUGCUCCAACUUUUAAUCAACCAUUUUUUAAUACAUUUAUAAAAGAGAAUAAUGAUCCUGGAACAUUGCUAUGUACAGUUUCUGCUUUCGAUCCAGAUGAUGGAUUAAACUCACAGUUGUUUUUCUCUAUAAUAGAAAAUCAAAUUGAAGGUUCUCCAGUUUCAUCAUUAGUAUACAUCAAUUCCAACACUGGAAAUAUUUAUAGCCAGCGUUCCUUUGACUAUGAACAGGUCCAAGUUUUACAGAUUACAGUAAAGGUUGAGGAUUCUGGAUCUCCAAAAUUGUCAUCCAGUGUAACUGUCUUUAUUUUUAUAUUAGAUGAAAAUGAUAAUGCUCCAUCAAUAUUGUAUCCAGAAUAUACAAAAGAGUUCACUCCAUCACAGAAGAUUUCUAAGGUUGCAUCUGCUGGGACAUUGGUCACAAAAGUGUCUGCAGUGGAUCCUGACUCAGGUCAAAAUGCCUGGUUGAUUUAUAAUAUAGAAGAAGCUACUGAUUUAUCUUUGUUUCAAAUAUCUUCACAUUCAGGAGAAAUUAGAACUUUAAGAGGUUUUCUAGAGAAUGAUAGUUUUGAACAAAGGCUGUCAAUUACAGUUAAAGACCAUGGAGAACCAUCUUUAACAACAACAAUAAUUAUAAUGGUAACUCUCGAGGACAACAAUAUUCAAGAGGGCCCCAAAUCUCCUACCUUUCUCAUAAACUCCCAAAAUAAACCAGACGUGACUUUGUAUCUAAUAAUUUCUUUGGUAGCAAUUAGUUUAGUUUCUCUUGUUACAUUCAUCAUUUUACUUGCAAGAUGUUUAAGGGACAAAAGUGACAACAGUUUUACAGGUUGUCUAGGGAAAACCCAACCUAUAUACUACACAGAACAGUAUAAACCAACACUUCACUUGAAUACUUGGUACCCUGAAGUUCAUGGAGGUUAGAAUGGAGCCCACGGAUGUGCAAGGGCAGUGUUACAAAACCUGUUUUUCUCCAUCUGAAAAUAAUGAUUUUACAUAUGUGAGGCCUCUUAACUUUCCUCAGUUGAAAGCCAUGGUCAAUGAGAC